AGGGGGAAAACGCAUUUUCAAGCGGCAUUCUUAGCACCUGAUGCGCUAUAAGGUCACGCUGGUGAAGUUGGCUGCAUUUCUCUCAGUCGCCCUGGCUGCCUUGCUCUCCGUCGGCGUCGUCGACACUGACGCAAAGAGGAGGAAAGCGAGAAGGUUGCAAGGUACGUGAGUGCCUGCCAAUGGCUGACGACAGACAGACAGAUCUGCCGUGCCAGACAGAGGGAUGUGCCACAUCUGAUCCACAUCCGGCUGCAUGUCUGUGUUUGUGGCUGUGUGUUGGAUGGGGUGGGUGCAGUUGGCUCCUCGGUAGAAGACAGGGGAGAGAUCCCGCCGGGCUGCCAGGGGCGUUGUCGUGAAGAGAACUUCUGGAACGACGACGUGUGCGACUUGGAGUGCUACAACCCCGAGUGCGAAUGGGACGGCGGCGACUGCGACCCAGGCACCAACACUUACACACACACACACACAUCUUUACACUUGCCUGCCUAUACGCUUGCUUACUCACAUAGACGCACUCACAUAGACGCACUCACAUGGACGCGUCUCUGAAUGCACAUCUGUUUGCUCGGUGCCUGCCUGCAGGUGUGUUUUGCGAGGACUUGGCUUCGUAUUGCAAGUGGAACGAGACCUGUGUCCAGGACGGUGACAGAAGGGCCUGGUGCGUGAGCUUGUGCGCACAGAAGUACUGCCCAGGAGAAAACCAAAAGUGCGAGGUGCGGACCUACUCACACACAUUCAGACAUGGACCCAUUCCUGCCUGUCUGUGUGUGUGUGUGUGUGCGUGCGUGUGCCUGCAGGUGCGGCGGCCUGAUGAUGGUGACGGUGACAGCAACGAGGAGACAAAGGGCGUUGCUGAGUGCGUGUGCAAGGCAGGAUACACACGAACAGACGACGGCAGCUGCCAAAAGGAAGAGGAAGGUAAGCCGAUCGACAAACGCGUAACACAGACAGCUACAUCCAUCCAUCCAUCGAUCUGUUUUGCUUUGCUUGUGUGUAAAUUGCAUAUAUUCAGAGCCCCCAGCGAUAACCCAGGCAGUGAUGAGAGGAGGAGAGCGGCCCGAGCGGACCGAGCGGCCAAGAAUAAGACACGCAGAGCUCCCGCCGAUGCCUCAGACAACGCCCCCAUCCCCGACAACUCCCCGGACAAUGCCCCAGACGACAAGCACAACAAUACCGCCCCAGACAACAACAACGGCACCGCCACCACCACCAACGAUGCCUCCAACAGAUCCCCCAACAACAACAACAACAACUACAACUACGACAACUCCACCGCCGCCAACGACUACAACUACAACUACAACUACGACAACUCCACCGCCGCCAACGACUACAACAACAACAACACCAGCGCCGCCGCCCCCGGCUGUAAGUUCACGAGAGAAUCCACAUAGACAGAUAGACAGAUGAGAUGACGUGAUGUCCGUCUGUCCGUCUGUCGGUGCUGUCUGUGCUUACUUGCAGCCAGCCGGUCCGGUCCCCGGGAGUGAUCUGACGGCCGCCCAGUACUACCGGCUCCUUGCCUGGUUCGGCGAGGCGGCCGGCGGGGGUAAUAGGAAACUCGACCUUCUCUACAAGUACAUAACACAGACACAUACAUUUACACACACAUAUCCCCGUCGCAUGUGUGCCUUUGUUUGUCGGUCAGGUCGGAUCGCGACGGCACCUCACACGGCGACAUGCUCGACAAAGUCAAAGACACAAGUAAGGGAGUGAGCAGCCAUGUCUUCCUGCCUGCCACCGACUGACACACAUGACACGUGUGAAUGAAUCUAGGGAAUAUACAUACCUGCGUACCUACCUACCUACCUGGCCGUUUCUCUCUCUGUCUGUCUGUCUGUCUGUGUGUGUGUGUCCCACCUGUCCACCCACAGGUGGUGUAGUGUUGAUAGUGAGGAAGGGCGAGUACGUCUACGGGUGUUACUUGGGCAACACCCUCCAGGUGCCGGGGAGCAGAGGAGCUUCGUCCACUUGCGGCUCCACCACCGUCACCCGCACCACGCCGGCGACGUCAAGGUGGGCGACGUCAAGGUGGACGCCGCCCUGGCGGCGGCAGCCGGUGCAGACGGUGCAGACGGUGGAGACGCUGCCCUGCGGGUCGACGGUGGGCGCCACUCCCAUACCCUAUGUCAAGUACUCUUGUGCCGUCUGGCUCUUUUCGCUCAACGGUAGGUGGGUUAGGUAGGGCGUCGGGUGGGCGGGGUGGGGUGGGGACAGGACACAGACAGACAGACAGACAGACACAGAAAGGGCGGGUUGGGUGGCGCAUCGCAUCCAUUGAUAUAUAUCAGUCUGCAUUGAUUGAAUGCGGGAGUAAAAGUGUGCGUGUGUGUGUGUGUGUGUUGCUGUGGAUGGAUCAGGUCACUUUGCCCGGCCGACGAAGAUCCGACUGCCGCCAGGUACCUACCCACCCCGUCCGUGUGCACAGAUGCAUGUGCCGGCUUCCUUCCUUUGAGUGAGGUGUAUUUGUUGCCUGCCCUGCCUGUGUGUCUGUGUCUGUCAGAUAUUCAGGGCUUCACUGUGGCGUCGCGUGACAGCGGGGUGCCCCUCGAGUGGGGCAAGGCCAAGAUCAGCAUCCCACACAGCGAGUACCUGCUCUUCGGAUGGGACGACCCUGAACAAGUGAGCCAGCCGUCACGUCACACCCACGGCCACCCACCCAGCACAAGGAUCGAUCACACACAAAUGAAUGGUGAUGGUGUGGUGUGUAUGUCAGAGUGACAAUCUGCUAUCGAUGAAGCAUGCCCUCGGCAAGGCCCACCUCCCCGCUGGCUACACGGGGCCAGUUGACGAUGAGGGCAACGCGCUGCUGGGGGGCGAGCAGCAGUUCACGGCGGACUGGCUCGAGAUAUUCCACGUCAGUGACACCUGACUGCCUGGCUGACUGACUCCAUUUUUGGCUGACUCCAUCUAUUUUUUUGCCGCGCGUCCGUGCUGCUGCCUGCCUGUCCGUCCGUCCGUCUGCAUUGCAUGCGUUUGGUCCAUCGCGUUUUUCGAAUGCAUAUGCAUUGAUAUCAUGAAGGGUGUCAGGCAGUGUGUAGUGUAGUGUGGAUAUGUAAAUAAGCAGGAACGUAGUCGUCUCCCUCUCUCUCUCUCUCUGUCCGUCUGUCUGUCCGUCAGUCUGUUUGUCCGGCUGUCUGGGGGUGUGGAUGCCCUCUGUCGUCUUUCUCGCCUGUGUGUCUUUAUUUUUGGCGUCAAGUCAGUCAGUCUGCCUUAUGCGUUCCGUUGGUAGGUGUCAGUGAGGCCCGGCGGCUCAUGUCACGAGGCACCGGGCCUGACCGACAGUAAGUGGUUCAUCCCUCUGCACUGCACUGCUCGGCGAUAAGUCAGUCAGUCAGUCAAGACAUACGUCUGUCAGUCGGUGUGUGUCCGUUUUGUAUCUUCGUGUCUGUGUCUGCCUACUGUAGGGAGAGCAUAACCCAUGCACCGGCAUAUGCGCCGAGACGUGGGACGGGGCGGGGCGGGACGGGACGCGGCAAAAAGGCCGUCAAACGGGUCAGAAACGCAGUCAGCUAUUGAGUGUCUUCUAAGCAGGCCUUUUUUUCUUGUCCCUCUCACGCUCAACCAAUUGCAAGCGUUCUGUGCGCGAGGGAUCAAGGAAAAAGCAGCCGUCGUCCAAACAGACAGAUCAGUUGUAAUCUGCCGCUGCUUGCCCU